AAAAAAAAAAAAAGGGAGAGAGAGAAAAACAAAACCCGGUCUAGAGUUUUCCAACAGGUAUUAAAGACAAUAAUAGUAAUUUAUAACUGUACAGCAAAGAAAAGGUGAAUUGUCAUUUCAAUAAAAUUGUCUGAUAUGAUCCUGGGAUGGGGGGGGUGGAUGGAAUGAAAGUACUAGACCUUUCUUCAUCCAUUGGAUUGAGGAUACUACCAUUUCUUUGCUUCGUGUGGAUGCUAAAAAAAAUUCACGCACAGAGGAUCGUCAAAUACUCUAUUCGGGAGUUUGCACUUUUUACAAGUUAGAAAGUCCAUUUCAACAUUUCCCAAACAAAGAAAGUAGCAUUGUGGUAACAAAUUCUUGUUUUACCUCGGAACCGGAGACAUCAGAUGAAUGAUGAUUUCAAUGAAUGUGAGAGGCUUCAAAGCCAUUGAUUUUAGUAGUCCUACCAUCAUUUUGGAAACAGUAGUAUAGUUAACAGCAUCUAACAUUGUCUCUUGAAACAUUUUUUUUUUUUUUGGACCUCAAUUCCCCUCACUUCAAACACACCUAUAAUCCUACAUAGGUCUUCCCGCUAUCCUCUUCUUGACAUUCUUUUGUUCCUUCCUGCACACAUCACAACUUACUUUGAAGAAAAGAAAGAAAACCAUAUCAUAUAACCACAUUGUGCAAAAUCAAUCUCAUCUUUGUCACUCUCAUUUCUGAUGUCUACUCCAUCAAGAAAAUGCUACCAUUUUAGUCUAUGGGUUGCAGCCAUCCUUCUAUUUUCAGUCAUGGCCUUCAUUCCUUCCCAAUCAGGUACAUCGGUUGUGGGAUUAACAACCUCUUCUUCAUCAAGCUUCAAGAUUAAUGAUGAUGAUGGAGAUGAUGAUCGGGGUUUUCAGCAGGUUAAAAUGAGGUUGGGAUCCAGACCACCAGGCUGUGUGAACAAAUGCAUGAAUUGCAGACCUUGCAGGGCUACUUUAGUUAUUCCACCCCAUCAUAACAAGCCUUUUACUACAGCCAAGCCAGCUGCUCACAGAGAGGAUGGAAGCUACUAUCUUCUUUCAUGGAAAUGCAGAUGCGGGAAUAAGCUGUUUCAACCUUAAUAAUGAUCACGGAUCGAUUAAUGUUAGUCAGUCAAGUCUUGGGUUCGGAUGUCUUUGCUUUAAUCUCUUAUUAUCAUUGCUUCUUUAUUUUGUAUCUAAUUAAAGUCUUGCAUUGUAUGCAAAAAAGAUAAUGAUCAUUGCUUAUUAAAUUUCUGCAGUUUUUUUUAAGCAGUUGCAGUGAACAGUGAAAACUUCUAUGAUCCUUCUCUAUCAGUGUCUUAAUUGCACUUAAUUUUUCCGAAAGAGGGUCUUACAUGUGGGCACAACUUUUUUCAAACCUAAAUCAAAUGGAAAGGCAAAAAAUGUAAGAUGAUGAAUAUCACAAAAACGAAGGAACAUCCAUGGAGGUGUCAUGUCUGGAUGGAACAGCAAAGGAUUACUCAAGCAUAGAUGAUAGAACGAACCAAAGAAAAGGGACAAUAUGUUGCACUGUUUCGAGGGCACGC